CCCUAGUUACCAGCUCACCUUCUUCAUUCACUAAACUGCAGCAUCGCAGCAAUGGUGGUUCCAAAUCGAGAUCUCCCGAAACGCCUUCCAUUGCUCAUCCUCAAAGACAAAGUCCUUUUACCGGGCUCGUCCAUGAGGAUUGCUGUACGAGACAAUGCCAGCCUUCGUAUGAUCGAUACAAGACUUCUUCGAAAAGACACCCUAAGCAGUGUGAUCAUAGGUGUGGUACCACGACGAUCAGAGAAAGAGGAUGAAGAAUCAUUGUUACAUGCCUUUGGAACAGCAUCUGUAGUAGUUCAGGUAACAGGUACCAACUGGCCAAAGCCCCUGUACACCCUGCUAGUUACUGGAUUGUGCAGAUUUAGAAUUGAUAAAAUAGUCAUGGAGGAACCUUAUUUGAUAGCAGAGGUGACACAGUUGGACAGGCCCUCCGAACAAGAGGCAGAAAUAAGGAAAAAUGCUGAUUUAACAAUGCUAGCUGAAGAGUUUCGACUGUGCUCAAAUGAGUUGGUGGACAUGUUGGAUGGGAGAGUACCAUUUGUUUCCAGGCUAAAGGACAUGUUGAGUGGAAUACCAGAUGGGAGUCUUCCUGACACGUUGGCAUCCAUUGUAAAAGCCUCUUACUUAGAGAAACUAGAGAUCCUGAAUACAGUAGAUUUGAUUGAAAGGUUCAAGAAAUCUCUUCUUUUGCUACGGAGACAAAAAGAGGGAAUGAGAGGUAGCCACCCGCUGAAGGGUGGUUCAGAAUUUAACAGAAGGAUGUGGAAAAAUAAUACAAAGCGUGGCAGCAUACUCAUUUCUAAGGAACCCAAAAGGAUUUCCAAAGGUUUAGAUGAUGAUGACGACAAUAAUGAUGAAGAUGAUGUGGAGGAACUUGAAAGGAAAAUUAGGUCUGCUGACCUUCCAGAACAUGCUUUCAAAGUAGCUAUGAAGGAGUUGAAGCGCUUGAAGAAGAUGCCCCCACAGUUCCCAGAGCAUGCUACAGCAAGAAAUUAUCUGGAGUGGAUGGUUGACCUCCCAUGGAGCAAAGAAACUACCGACAAGUUAGACAUAUCCCAAGCAAGAGCGGAUCUGGAUCAUGACCAUUAUGGCUUGGAGAAACUGAAGAAGAGAGUCAUUGAGUAUCUGGCUGUUCGAAAAUUGAAAAACAGUUUGAAAGGUCCUAUUUUAUGCUUUGUUGGUCCCCCUGGGGUUGGAAAGACAAGUGUUGGAAGAUCUAUUGCAAACACUCUUGGCAGAGAAUUUCAGAGAAUAUCACUUGGUGGAAUUUGUGACCAGUCAGAUAUCAGAGGACAUCGGCGAACAUACAUAGGAUCAAUGCCUGGAAGGAUCUUAAAUGCCUUGAAAAUGGUUGGAGCAAAGAAUCCCGUUAUCUUGUUGGAUGAAGUGGACAAGAUGGGCAAGAGUCUCCAUGGUGACCCCGCUGCUGCCCUAUUGGAAGUGUUGGACCCUGAACAGAAUUGGACAUUUGUAGACCACUACCUCAAUAUUCCAUUUGAUCUUUCACAAGUUCUGUUUAUAGCCACUGCAAAUACUGUCAGCACCAUACCUCCUGCUUUGCUUGAUCGAAUGGAGUUGAUCAUGGUUCCAGGUUACACUCAGGAAGAGAAGAUCGCUAUUACUAAGCGGCAUCUUUUGCCAAAACAGCUGAAGGAACAUGGACUUGCUGAACGAGACAUGGAAUUUCCUGAGGAUUCUAUGAAGGCAAUAAUCUCUAAUUACACGCGGGAAGCUGGAGUGAGGUCACUGGAGCGCAAGAUUGGUGGUGUGUGUCGGGCUGUGGCCGUGCAGGUAGCUGAAGCAACGAGAGGUGCUUCAGGGCAAGCUGAAGAAAGUAGCGGACAAGAAUCCAAAGAAGGGGAAGCCGAAAAACCCAAGAGCGAAACUGAUAAACCCGCUGACCGAGAGGCGUUUUUGAUCACUGAGAAAUUCUUGACUGAAGCAUUAGGGCCUCCUGUAUUUGAAUCUGAAGUGGCUCAAAGGCUGUCAACUCCAGGCGUGGCAGUAGGUUUGGCGUGGACAGCAAUGGGUGGUGAAAUCAUGUUUGUGGAGGCGACGCGAAUGGGAGGAGAGGGAAAAAUCACUUUGACUGGACAGUUGGGGGAUGUCAUGAAAGAAUCCGCACAGUUGGCAUUGAGCUGGCUUAGAAGUCGCUCAACUGAGUACUGUCUGACAUCAGAGGACGGCGUGGAUCUACUUGAGCGCACAGAUGUACAUAUUCAUUUCCCAGCAGGCGCCGUUGGCAAAGACGGCCCAUCAGCUGGAGUUACCAUUGUUACCGUUCUUGUAUCGCUUUUCAGCGGCCGAUGUACGCGUUCAGACACAGCCAUGACCGGAGAAAUAACCUUGAGGGGGCUUGUUUUACCGGUCGGUGGAAUCAAGGAAAAAGUGUUGGCUGCCCACAGGGCUGGACUAAAGAGGGUGAUACUACCGAAAAGAAACGAAAAG